CCCCUACUCAUAUGAUAUUUUUAGUUGAACAUUGGCAUAACGUGGGAGGGCCAAGCAUUAUUUUAAACACCUAUUUUGUUCCUAAAUUCGUAAUUCGUAAAGCAGUGUCGCGAAUUGGAACGAAACCCUUACCACCGAAGACCAAACCCUCAUGUCAUGGGAACGGGACUCUCCAUCUCACGUAAGUAGUUAAUUGCUUCAUCCUUGUCUCACUUGUGCUCUGCUGGAUAAUUAAUUAUAUGUUAGAGAUUGUCAUACCAAGAAACAUCAUCUGCUUUCAACAUUUUAGCUGACUCAAAAUGUAAAAUGUUGUCAAUUCUUAAACACACUGUUAAGCCCUGCAAUGUACAUACUCACUCUCAAAGAGACAAUUCUGGGCCAUAUAAAGAGAUGUUUCAGCCCAAAAUCACUAGAAUCGGUCUAUGCCUCCAUGAUCAAGACUAACACCACCCAAGUUUGCUUCUUGAUCAAUCAAUUUAUAAGUGCAUGUUCAACCCUUUCUUGCAUUGAUUUGGCAACUUCAGCUUUUGCCCACAUGCAAAAUCCUAAUGCUUUGGUUUAUAAUGCGUUGAUUAGAGGUUGUGUUCAUUGCUGUCACUCAGACUUGGCAUUGGUGUAUUAUAUGCACAUGCUGAGGAACAAUGUCAUGCCCACCAGCUAUUCGUUUUCAUCUUUGAUCAAGGCUUGCACUUUGUUGGAGGAUUCGGGGUUUGGGAAAGCUGUUCAUGGCCAUAUUUGGAAAUAUGGGUUUGAUUCACAUGUCUUUGUGCAGACUACUUUGGUUGAGUUUUAUUCGACUUUGGGUGAAGUGGGUAGCUCAAGAAAGGUGUUUGAUGAUAUGCCUGAAAGAGAUGUUUUUGCUUGGACUGUAAUGAUUUCGGCAUAUGUUCGGGAUGGGGAUAUGGCUUCUGCAGGGAGAUUGUUUGAUGAGAUGCCUGAAAAGAAUAUAGCUACAUGGAAUGCCAUGAUUGAUGGGUUUGUAAAAUUAGGGAAUGCCGAGUCUGCUGAGUUUUUGUUUAACCAAAUGCCAGUAAGGGAUAUUAUUUCUUGGACAACCAUGAUGAAUUGCUAUUCUCGGAACAAAAGAUAUAGCGAUGUGAUAGCACUUUUUCAUGACAUGAUCGAAAAAGGAAUGAUUCCUGAUGAAGUGACCAUGACCACUGUCAUUUCAGCUUGUGCUCAUCUAGGAGCCCUUGACUUAGGAAAGGAGGUACACCUUUAUUUGAUGCUGCAUGGAUUUGAUCUUGAUGUAUAUAUUGGGUCUUCACUGAUUGAUAUGUAUGCAAAAUGUGGGAGCAUAGAUAGGUCCCUCUUGGUGUUCUACAAAUUGCAAAAUAAAAACUUGUUUUGUUGGAAUUCUAUCAUUGAUGGGCUCGCAACACACGGCUAUGUGGAAGAAGCGCUAAGAAUGUUUGGUGAAAUGGAGAGGAAAAGAAUCCAGCCAAAUGCAGUUACAUUCAUUAGUAUCCUAACUGCUUGCACACAUGCAGGGCUUAUAGAAGAGGGUCGUCGCAGGUUUACGAGCAUGACCCAGUAUUAUGGUAUAAUUCCUCAAGUUGAACACUAUGGAUGCAUGGUUGACCUAUUGAGCAAAGCUGGUUCGCUUGAGGAUGCUUUAGAGAUGAUCAGAAACAUGGCACUUGAACCUAAUUCUUUUAUUUGGGGUGCCUUAUUGAAUGGGUGUAAGCUUCACAAAAACAUGGAAAUAGCUCACAUUGCUGUUCAGAAUCUGAUGGUUUUGGAGCCAAGUAACAGUGGGCAUUACAGUCUCCUUGUUAACAUGUAUGCUGAAAUAAAUAGAUGGGAUGAGGUUGCAAAGAUUCGAACAACCAUGAAGGAUCAGGGUGUAGAGAAGAGAUGCCCUGGAUCUAGCUGGAUUGAAAUCAAUAAGAGAAUUCAUCAAUUUGCAGCUUCCGAUAUAUAUCACCCUUCUUAUAGUCAACUUCACUUGUUGCUAGCUGAACUGGAUGACCAGCUGAGGCUAGCAGUCUACGUACCUGAAGUGGGGCCUAUUUUAUAAUGAUUUAAGCUCUUCCUAGUAUUAGAAUCCUUAGGAGGAGGACGGAUAUCUUUAUCAAAGAAGGGUUGAGAUUAUAAGGCACUUUAUGCACAGUGAAAAAAUUCAUGAAAAACCUUGAUAAAUCCUUGAAUGGUAUACUCAAAAUAUUUUUUAUGCUCCUUUCUGUCCUGUCAAAUAUUUCAUGUAUUCUGACUGCUGAAGCAGCAAGUCAAAUUAGAUGUUUGUGAAUACACAGCUAAAAUAGAACUUCCUUUUAA